AUGAGAGCCACUUUGCCAGCUGUUCCCCAUCUGUUUGCCAGCCCUAAGCCCUUCCGCAACAGCUGUGAAGACGACCCGAUUCUCGUCAAGGUGGCUUCCAGUCAGGUCCUUUCGGCAACUUCUGGUGCCUUCCAGAACAUCACCGCAUUCCUACCACCGGCCUUACAAACCUACCUUGUCACCACACUCGCUCACCUGUCCGACGCCGUCGCCGGGUCCAACGAGUACAUCGAAUCCAAAGGCGCAUCGCCCACAACCGUCUACUCGACCCUCGUAGGCGCUGCUGCUGUGACACUGCCUAUUCUGAUGGCGCGGUACGGGUGGCCCUCGUUUUCCGAGGCUCUAUCGCCCUUUGCUUCGCAAGCUAGCAGCCAAGACGGCCCGCACGUCACCGACGCUGAUUAUAGCUACAUCACGUCCGAAGAUCUAGAAACCUCACUACAGGCUCCUGAAGCGACUUAUGCCCCGCAAAACCGUCGAGCACCGCGCACUGCUGCCGUUGAGGAGGAUGAUGUCAUCCUGAUCAAACAUAAAGCGGUUACCUAUCCCGUACACUUUCCUGCCUACUCAAUCAGCGAUGGUAGGCUGACGGUGAGAGAUGUCCGAGACCGCGCAGGACUGGUGAUGGACUUGAGUAGUCGUCGGGCUAGCCGUAUCAAGAUGCUCUACAAGGGUAGGAACCUUAAAGAGCCAGAUAUCCCUAUCCGCGACUAUGGCGUGAAGAACAACAGCGAAUUGUUAGUAGUGGUACCGGAGGGAAGACUUUCGGAUGAUGACGACAGUAGUGGCUCGCUUGAAGAAGUUGUUGGUACUGAUUCUAGGGACGACUCACGGCCCCAGAAGAAAAGGAAGAAUAAGAAUGGCAAGAAGAAGCCUAAGAACCGGACGCCGAGAGAGACUAGCAGCAGUCUAGAGGUGCCCGGCCAGAACGACGAGGACGGGAAAUGGACAAGCCCUGACCCUUCGAGACACCCCUCCCGGGUGCCGUCUCCUCAAGUGCCCUCUGGAGCAAUUGAAAAGCUGGAGGCCAUCAGAUCCCAUUUUGACGCGCAGCUCCUGCCAUUGUGCAAGGAAUUUAUACACCACCCACCUAGAGACGCUAAAAAACUGGAAGAGGAGCACCGCAAAAUCAGUGAGACGGUGAUGCAGCAUGUGCUGCUGAAACUAGACGAAGUUGAAACUGGAGGAGAUCCUGACAUCCGGGCAAGACGGAAAGACCUGGUCAACUAUGUUCAGGAUAUACUCAAGGAAAUAGAUGAGAGGGUACCUGACGCGCUCAGGCAAAACCGAUGA